AAUGGCGCAUUUAUAUAUAUUUAUAUGGCGCGUGUUGCAUUGUGGGUAGCUCGUGACGUCACUGUGUGUGAAAGAAUGAUGGACCUGAAGAACAACAAAGUCGUUGACCUCCAGUUGGUUCAGGUAAGUGGGGUGAAAUGAAAUAUCAAUGUUUUUUUCUUUAACACUGUUUGCACGUUAUAUUUAAAAUGUGUGUAUCAAUGGUUAUUUGUAUGUGUCAUAACGGAGCAAUGAGGUCGGUGGAAGCUACCACAUGGAGUUAGAGGGCCUGAAAAGGAGUCUGGAGUUGUUAAAGGAACGUGGUGUGACUCUGGACUGUAUUGUCACGGACAGACAUCUGCAAAUUCAGAAAUUCCUAAGGGAAAGCAGCAUCACCCAAUUCUUUGAUGUGUGGCACAUAGAAAAAGGGAUUUCUAAGCAACUGGAGAAGGCUGCAAAAAAGAAGGACUGCGAAAAACUUCGAGGGUGGGUGAAGAGUAUAAGAAACCACAUAUACUGGACUGCAGCAACCUCCACCACCGGGCCUGAGAGAGUGGCCAAAUGGACUUCCAUCCUGAACCACGUGCAGGAUAUCCACUCUCAUGAUGACCCCCUGUUCCCUAAGUGCCUUCAUCCACUGUGCAUUGCGCAAUACCAAUGGAUGGCUGCAGGAACGCCGGCCUUUCACAAGCUGGAGACAAUUCUCUCAACCAAGAGGAUUUUGAAAGCUGUGGCCAAACUCAGCCCACACCACCAGACUUCAUCUUUGAGUCAUUCCAUGCCGUCAUCCUGCGCUUUGCUCCAAAGAAUGUUGUGUUUCCAUUUCUUGGAAUGUUGUGCAGACUGUACCUGGCAGCCCUGCACUACAAUGAAAAUGCUGAGCGUGCACAAGCCACUACAUCCACUGGAAACCCUCUGUAUAAACUGCAGUUCCCAAAGGCCAGGAAGGGAGAAUGCAGAGCAAAACCAGUAAAGACUGACCCCACAUUCCGCUACGUGGCCAACUUGAUGGACCUCAUCUUCGACCAAGUCUUUGUGGACCCUGCACCAUUCACACAGGCGCUUCUGAAGAUACCCAUCCCAGAGGACCUGUGUUCCCAAUAUGAGCGACCUGACAGGGAGGAGGUCAUCUCCGGGUAUGCUACACGGUUCAAUUUGACUGUCUGAACCCAACAUAGACAUUUCGCGGAUCAGGAAACUCCCUGCGAAUCCUGAGGACAACGCAGGCCGGAAUCACCACUCUGAUCCUGCGUCCAAGGAAGCCCCAGCACCAGCUCACAAAGGCUAGAUCAGUGGUUCCCAAACGGUGUGCCGUGGGAUUUUGUGACAACCAUACGUUAUU